GCGGGGCGCCCGCUGCCUAGCCCGGGCCCGGCACAGCCCGGCUCGGCCGUGCCCGGCUCGGCUCGGCUCGGGCCUCCCGGGGCAGCGGGGCCGCGUCGCGCAGCAUGGCCGCGGAGCUCAGCGCCGAGGAGGAGCAGGCAACCAAGCAGUUCCUGGAGGAGAUCAACAAGUGGACGGGCCAGUACAAUGUGUCCCCGCUCUCCUGGAAUGUGGCUGUCAAGUUCCUCAUGGCCCGCAAGUUCGAUGUCCUGCGGGCCAUUGAGCUCUUUCACUCCUACCGGGAGACACGGCUGAAGGAGGGCAUCGUGAAGCUGAAGCCACACGAGGAACCGCUGCGCUCGGAGCUGCUCAGCGGCAAGUUCACUAUUCUGAGUGUGCGGGACCCCUCUGGAGCCUCCAUUGCCCUCUUCACGGCCAAGCUGCAUCACCCCAGCAAGAGUGUGCAGCACGUGGUGCUCCAGGCACUCUUCUACCUGCUGGACCAAGCAGUGGAGAGUUUUGAAACCCAGAGGAACGGGCUGGUGUUCAUCUACGACAUGGCAGGCUCACAGUACACCAACUUUGAGCUGGACCUCAGCAAGAAGAUCCUCAACCUGCUGAAGGGUGCUUUCCCAGCUCGGCUCAAGAAGGUUUUCAUCGUGGGAGCACCCAUGUGGUUUCGUGUGCCCUACUCCAUCAUCAGCCUUCUGCUGAAGGAGAAGCUGCGGGAGAGGGUGCAGAUGGUGAAGAUGUCAGAGCUGAAGGAGCACCUGCCUCAGGAGUGCCUCCCCGAGUACCUGGGGGGGUCCCUCAAACUGGACCCUCUGAGCUGGAACUGCCGGUUCCUGCCCCAGCAGAACGGGCACCCUGACCCCCUGGACGAGCUCAUCCUGGUGCCACUGGUGGCCCCCAAAGAUAACGGCUCUGUCCACGUCCCUGGGCCCAAGUCCAUCACCCUCCAGGAGCUGCUGGAUCAUGUCAGCCACAAGCAGAAACGGGGCAUCUACGAAGAGUACGAAGAUAUUCGGCGCAGGAGCCCGGCCGGCACCUUCGUCUGCUCUUUGGCACCCUACAACCAGGAGAAGAACCGGUACGGGGAUGUGCCCUGCCUGGACCAGACCCGUGUCAAGCUGGCAAAGCCAUACAGCCGCCCGGAGCUGACUGACUACAUCAACGCGAGCUUCAUGGACGGCUACAAGCAGAGGAAUGCUUACAUUGGGACUCAGGGGCCUCUGGAAAACACCUACGGUGACUUCUGGCGCAUGGUGUGGGAGCAGAAUGUUCUGGUGAUUGUGAUGACAACUCGGCUGGAGGAGGGAGGAAGGAGAAAGUGUGGCCAGUACUGGCCCCUGGAGAAGGAUUUCCAAGUCUGCUUUGGGGCCCUGACCAUCACCAACCUGGGUGUGGAGAACCUCAACCAUUACAAGAAAACCAUCCUGGAGAUCCACAGCUCGGAGACCAGGGAGCGGCGGCUGGUGUCCCACUUCCAGUACCUGAGCUGGCCGGACUACGGUGUCCCCUCCUCUGCUGCCACCCUCAUUGACUUUCUAGGGGCCGUGAAGCAGCAGCAGAGGGUGGCAGUGAGUGCCCUGGGCCCUCGCUUCAAAGGUCACCCUGGUGGACCCCCGGUCGUGGUGCACUGCAGUGCUGGCAUUGGCAGGACAGGUACUUUCUGUGCCCUGGACAUCUGCCUGUCCCAGCUGCAGGAUGUGGGGACACUGAACAUCUACCAGACGGUGCUGCGCAUGCGGACCCAGCGUGCCUUCAGCAUCCAGACCCCCGAGCAGUAUUACUUCUGCUACACUGCCGUCCUCGAGCACGCCCAGCGUGAGGGCCUGCUGCUCGCCAACCACAGCCGGGCCACCCAGGAGAAGAGUUCGCUGGGACACUGAGACCUGCUGCCUCCCCACCAAACCCCCUUCCCACCCUCCUGGGGCUGCCGGAGCUGCCUCCCUGCCUGCCUGGACUCCUCGGAGCCGGUGGGGCCGUCCCAGGACUGUCGAACUGUGCCUUAUUCACACCAAACGGCAGCUGUCGCUCGCCGCGGGUGGAGGACGAAGAGGCUCUCGCUCCUCUCUGUGGUAUUUGCAGGGUUUGGUUGUUUGGGGAGGUGUUUUUUUUUUUUCCUUCUCUUUGAGUUGUUGUUUGGUUGGUUGGUUUUUAAAUUGUUUUUUUUAUAUUUCUUUUUUUUUUUUUUUAAAUUGUUGGGACCAUCUGAAAUGUAUUCGGAGAGGGGCUUUGUAAAGACCUAGGAAUUGUAUUUCCAGUCGUGCCCUGGCCUGGGGCUCGGGAAGAGGCUCCCACUUCAGUCUUACCUGCCCCCCCCCACCUGUGUCUGUAUGUACGUGUGUAUAAUACAUCCUCACUGCACCCCACCCUGGCUGGCAUAAACAUACAUAUGUACACACGCCCCUUCAGCAUCUCCUGUGGGUCCCUGCUGCCCUGCCAGCUCGCUGCUGUGAUCCCAGCAGCGGUGAGUUUGGUCCUGGCUCUGUUUUGUCCUUCCCCCUUCCUUGUUUUCCCCUUUCUUGCUCCUCAGCAGGGCAGCACUGGGACCUGGUAUCCGCGGGAUGGCGUGGGGAAGCUCAGCAGCAUCCCUCCCUUUCCUUAUCUCAUCUUCCCCAUCCUCAUCUCUGGCUGGCAGAGUGCAGCUCUGCUCUUAUGAGGAGCUGGAGGAUUUUGGUUGGCAGGGGGGGGGGAUGAGGAGCUCCCCAUGUCCCCUGCCCCCUGGGUGUCACUAGGUACGAGGUGAUGGGGACCAAGCAGCAUUCCGGGUUGCCUGGUGUUCCCCAGCCAGCAGUGGGAACCAGCAAGCCCAGCCCAGCAGCGAGGCACUGGCUGGAAAACCUCUGAGCAUAAAAAGCCCAAACCCUGGGGAGGCAGCGAGCUGACCUCAGGGGGGUUGCAGCAACCCUGGUCCCCUGUCCCCUGCCACCACUCCGGCCCCUGCCCCUCUGUGCUGCCUGGGCAGCUGGGACCUGGGCCUCCGUAAGUUUAUACUGUAAUAAGCUCUUUGAAUGUGUAUAUUCUUAUUUUUUUAUAAUCUUGGGAGGGGGAGGGAGGUGGGGUUGUUUUGGGGUUUUCUUUGUUUCCUUUUAUAUUUAACAUUAACUUGAUCCAAGCCAGAGCCAGAAGUAUUUGUAAAUGUUCCUGUUUUGCUCUUGUUCAGAGAAACAUUUUUGUUGUUACUUUUUGGGUUUCUUUGUGGUUUUUGCUUUUGGGUUGGUUUUUUUUUUGUGUGUGUGUGUUUGAGUUUUUGGUUUUUUUCCUUUUUGUAUCAACAAUAUAAAUUUAGUACC